GUAUUUAACUUUGGAAUUUCCAGCAAAAGACAUAAAGAAUGAGUUGGAUGCAUUAAUUUUAGCUCUUGUUAAUGAUAGGAUCUCUAACAUACCAACCACACAUCUAAUAGUUGAUGCGUUUGUCUAUGUUGAGACUCAGAAAGGAAUUCAUAACUCUUUAAGAAACAUCUUCUUUACAAAAGCAUGUGAUACUUUAGGUGUUAAAAUCUCUACUGAAACAAAAAGAUUAAGUUCUAAUUUAGUGGUAGAACUGAUCUGUGAACUUGCUAAACAAUCACCUACUACAUUAUGCUCUGUUGGAAUUCCUGCAACCGUCAAAAGUUUGGAUAUUUUUCAAGCUACUGAUGAUGAAAUAUAUGUGUCUUCUAAUGGAGAAAUCAAAAAGAGAAAAGAGGAAUAUAGAAACAGUCCAGGUGAUUUUACACUUGAAAAAAAAAAGGAACGAAGUAGUGUUGUUGCUGUUGAAAAAGAAGAAAAAAAUUUUAACCAGCCAAAUUUAAAAGAAAGAGAUGGAGAUUUUAAUGUUAUAGUUCCUAAUUUACCCACAAUUCAAAAGCAUGGUGUACUGUAUCCUCUAAAAAAUAAGACAAUGAGAGUGCAAUUUAAUGCUGUCAUUCAAAAAGACAUUUGGAAAUGGGAAGAAGGAAGGUCAGAGGUUUACAUAAGAUUUGGACACAAAAUGCUAGGAGACUGGGAACUUGACAUUGGUCCAUGUAUUUUACACAGAGAUGCUGGUAAUGGGUUUUAUGUCAUUAGAUAUGAUAUGUCCAUUGACAGUGACUUUAUAAAAUCUUUAAGGAUCGGUCUGCCAUACAAAUAUACAGUCUAUUCUCCAUUGGUAAAAGUGACCAAACAUCAGUUUGAGUACCUUCAUGGAGCUCCUCCUUAUCAAGGUGCCAAUGCAAACAGAUUACUUAAAGUACCUAAAGAAAAACUAUGUCCAGGGGGUUAUUAUAGACAGUUUGAUACUAUGAUUUUACCUGACACUAAAGUUAAAACAGCCAAAGCAACUUUCAAAAGAGUGUGGGAUUUCAUUUCUAGAGCCGAACCUGAUGAUCCCACUGCCAUCACUCUUCCUAUUCCUACACUGAUGCGCUCGCAAUGUAUGGAAAUUCACUUGCAACCUAUUAAGGAUAUUCUCUUGCGUGGGGAUUUUAGGAACAAGCUUGAAGUUUCAACAAAUGGAUGUGUGAAUCUUAUUCGAUGUGCAUAUUUGCAAUGGGUGGAACAUCGAGGAGGCGACUAUCGUUGGGAAAUUCAAGAUAUUGGUCCUUUUUUAAUGGAUUUGGUUGAAUUUUUUCUUGUUGACCUCAAUAAGCAGCGAGACUCUGCUUAUCAUACUGUUACUUCAGCUGUAUUUCUGAACUAUUGUCUACACAAAUUAAGAAAGUUUUAUUCAGUGCCCAUCUCAGUUGAUCUUUGCAUAAAGUUACUACAAACAAUGAAUUUAUCAUAUAUUAAUGGAGAAAAAGAACUUAGCUUUUUAAUGAGUUUGAUAGGAGGCUUACCUGAAACAAGGACUGGUAUUGUUAAUGCUCUUGUUUAUUGCCUAAGGACUAUUAUUGCAUCAGAAAAUCCUGACAAUGCCAUUGUUGUUCUCAAAGCUUUACCUUUAUAUCACUUUUUGUGUGACCUCUCAGUGCCUUAUCAGAAGUCAUGUGUUCCACUAAACAAGAUAACCUGGGGUGAUACUUCGUUACUGAUUGACAAGUUACUAUCAACAUUACAGUUUAAAUCGGGGUUUGUUCAAAAACACAAAGAAGACAUUCAACAGUUACUUCAGUUUGAUUCAAAACUUCUUUACAUAAUCCCCUACAUUUGUCCCUGGGAGGAUACAGUUAUUCUUUGUGACAUGUUGCCACUUGAGCUAGCCAUUGUGUGGCUUAUUGAAAGACUCAACUUACAUUCAGAUACUCACUAUUUGAGAUUAUCAUCAGUGACUGAUUACAAGAUGAAUUAUUGCUUCAAGCUACCAUUAGCUAACAUUCUUAAAAGAAUUUAUGAGAAAAAAAUUAACAAUUUUGAUGUGUUGGUUUGGUAUUCUGAUGCUACAACUUUUUUAUAUGAGAGUUUUCGAGACAAAAUAAAUUUUUCAAUAAAUGCUGAGAUUUUAGUAGAAUCUACAAUUUCACUUUACCUUCACAUCCUCUUCAAAGCUAAAAUGUUUCAAGAUCAAACUAAUAAUCAGGACACUCUUUGUCAGCGUCUAACUUUGAGUGCAAGAGAACUACUAAUGGACUGGGUUGCUCGUAAAGAUGUUAUUGGUGGGUCCUUCUUUGGUGCUUCUUUGAAGUAUGCUGGAACAAUUCACCAGGAAUUGAGGAAAGAAAAUGAUGAGCUUAAAUUUUGGAAAGAGCUAUUAUUCAUUAAGUUUCCAGCAAAUGAAAUGAAAAAUGACUUUGAGGCGAUAGUCCUUGAGCUUGUCAGUGAUAGAGUCUCUGAAAUACCAUCACCUGAGCUGAAGAUUAACCUUUUUAUUAAUGUUGAUCACCGAGAAGAAAUUGCUGAUUCAUUCCGAAACAUAUUCUUGACGAAAGCAAUUGAAGCAUUGGAUAGCAUGUUUUCAAAGAGAUCAAUGACACAGAGUAUUCAAAGAUGGGCUACCUUGCUUGACUUGAAGUCUGAGCGGGUUUUUAAGCUAAUUUCUAAAAUUAUUGAGAAGAGGUAUCCUGAUUUUUGCAGGGCACAAGAAAUGCCAUUUAGUGAUUUACUUGAUUGGGAAAUGUGGCCUGGAAUUCUUAAGAUUUCUUAUGCUCAAGUUGGGAAAAAUACAAGAGAAUUGGGUGAAUGGAGACUGAUAGUAACUUGUGCAAUCAGUAAAUUAGAGACAGUCUGUGUUAAUAUUAAUAGUGGUGGGAUCACUAUUACUGAAUUAAACAGUAUUAGAGCUAAGCAAAUACAAAUGAAUAAACUUUGUGAAGUUAUUGAUGAAUCACGAAUAAUUGAUCUGCAAAAAAGUAUAGAGAAGCGACUGAAGGAAUUUGAACAUUUUGAAGAAUACACAAUGAAAUUGAAGUACUUUCUUUCACAUAUUUGCAAUAUAUUAACUGGUCAAUAUAAUUUAAUGGAUGAACUUCAAAAGAACUAUAAAGAUGAAAAGAUCAAUAAGUUAUGUAUUACAGUAUCAGAUGGUAGCUGUAGGGUUGUUAGUUUUCCUGAUGCUAGACCACUUGAUCCUUGCCUGGAUGGAUUCUUCAUUAUCUCUUCUAAAUACUCCAGUGAUAUCUUUAAUAGGCUUUGGCAUAAAAGAAUAAUUGAACAACCAGCAGCAGUUGAUUCGUCAAAAAUAUAUUCAAUAUUUUGGCAACCAGUACUUCAAUCUUGUACCUUGUUAUUGAAAAGGCUGCAGUCUGGAGACAUGACCCUAUUAGAAGUUGAUGAUCAAUUUAAGAAUGUUUACUUUCAUAAGCUUGACAAGUUAGAGAAAGAUCUCAUUAACCUGCAGCAUGCAGUUGAUGCCAUCAAUCAUUCUGCCACUGGUGAUAUCAACUGGAUAAAGAAUGCUGUAGUGCAUAUUGGUCAGUAUUGGGAUUUGUGUGGUUAUAAAGUAGCAGCCAAAGCAUUUCUUAAAAUUCGUGAUACACUUGAUUUGACUGGAGACUUUGAUAUAGUAGAAAAAGUAGCAUUAAAGGUUUCAUUUACUAAUACCACACUGAGCACUAUUGAUCAUAGUGUGGUGGAUGCUGGAAGGUUUCUUCAAGAAUAUGCAACUGAUCCUGCUAAAAGAGAAUGUCUAGAAGUAUUUAUUGAGUGUCAAAAUAUAGUUCAAUGGAUUAGAAAUAAAACUAAAGAUUUAAUAAGCUUGUUUAAUUUUGUUUCAAGCUCUGUGGCUGGUAGAGAGGGUAGCAUGGCUGCUGAUAAACUGCUAUUUCUAUAUACAGUCGGUAGUGGGUUUUGUCCGUUAAUAUACAAAUUAUCAAAAGAUGCUAGUUGUCAGAAACUACAGGAACUAUGCAAGACAGUAUGGAUGGCAUUAGAAACAGCACCUUAUUUACCAGACUUGAUGAAAUCAUGUGAGAGAGACAUUGAUUGGUACAAAUCAUUUAAAGAGAAACAUAAGACUAAGAUUAAUUGAGAUAAUUUUUUAUAGGUACUGUUUAGUUAAUAAUUGUAAUAAUUUCUUUUUGUAAGGUAUUCGUUUUUUUUUUCAUUGUAAUUUGUGUCUAUUUAGAAAAUUUUCUAAAAACUUUGAUUGAUAGCAA